AAUGCAUUGUGACUGACGACUCCUGACCAGCAGGAUCAUAAUUACGAGAAGAUGAGAACCCAUGUCCUAACACCAUAUGCAUACCUGGGCAACAAAACAGAUAAAAGUCAAAAAGGUUUUACAAACACAGUUCAUGAAAAGAUUAGGGGUUAGUAGCAGCCUCAGUCACCGCUUUCUUCAACUUCUCGGACUCGGUGUGCCUAGCACGUCUGGCCUUUCCCGCAGACGACUUCUUCUUCUUCACUUGCCCAUCGCGGUGAUUAUGGAGGACCUCGUCGGUUGCUCCCUCACCCGGUCUGGACCUCGGUGUGGGUGUAUUCGUCAUCGUGCUGGAACUCUCUGUUCCCGAAUCGCUACCAUGGUCCGCGGCACUUUCAUCCGCAGCACCUCCUCCACGCUCUUCGCCGCCGUUGGGUGCAGGAGCCGGUGGAGGAGCCGGAGGAGGAGCCUGCUCCGCACCACCCGCGUCUUGGCUACCACCGCCAGGAGCCCUUUGAAAGUUAUCAUGCUUGGCCUCCGGAUGAGUUUGCGUGCCGGCGUCCACAGGAUGAGCGCCGAACAAGGCAUUUUGCUCCAUUUGCAUGGAAGAACGCAUACUCAUGGAGACGAGCUCAGUGAACAAGUGAUAUUCGCUCAUACGGAACCCACUAGCAACAUUGGUGAAGAAGAGGAAAGCUCUCCUCAACCUAGCCAAGGCCGCGAGAUCCAAGAACCCAUAUGGGUCCGUGUACCCAGCAUCCAUUGCGUUGCGGUCGAUCUCAUUCAGAACAGAGAAGGCUUCAUCGAAACCCAGCCUCACAUUCCUGGACGGGGCCGGUACCGUUUUCUCGAAGACGAAACGACAAGCCAACGAAAAAUGAGCGGUGGCCCAUCCGCGGAAGCAGUGACAGCAGGCAUUGCCCUGACCACACUUGAGGACCUCAGAGGCGAGCGCUUCCUUGUCCGUAAUGUAUUCGCGACCAUCAGACGUCGUGCGACGAUACGGAGGGAAAGCUUCCAUAUAGCUCGCGAACGUUGGAAGAUCCUCGUUGGGCACCAGUUCCCACUGGCAAGUAGGACAGCCCCACGGGCGCACGCCCCGUAAGUCUGCAAAGCCUCAGAGAUCUCCGUGGCAGCAACCUAUGAGCGUAGAUUAACACAUGACGACAAGGAAAUAAUACAAUGUACACGUACGCCCGUCUCAACUUGAUGAACCAUGGACACGAUAGUUUCUGAAGGCUGUUUUGUAUUCGCUACAUGCAAACAUGCCAUCCAUAAGACUAUAAUAUCCUUGAGAUCCGCCGCCGCAUCGAACUUCUGCAAAUAAAAGUAGGUAAACCUCGUAGCUCCUCCAUUGAUCACGUCGGGGAAGUUGACGAGCACACGAGCUGCUGUCAAUAGGGUAGGAAGAGAAAUCAAGACCUAUAAAACAAUUGUAAGCUCAGGGUUGAUCAAACCACAAUCAACGCCCAAUCGC